AACUUGAGCUUAUAUUCAUUCGUCUGGUUGAAUGAUUGAAUCCCAAGAACUACAACACCAAGAAAUUUGAUCUCAUAUUCAUUCAUGGAGAUCCAAUCAUAUGAAAUUUGGGUUACAUUAAAGCAAGGUUGGAAGUGACUUCAGUUGCUCAGCUGACUUGGGUAGUUAAGACCCUUUGGUGAAUUGAAUUCUGCCAGCUGAAAUUGCCUUGUUUCAAACGUCCUCUGAUCUCAUACUUUUCGCCCAAACUAAUUUCUGCAAUUAGCAAAAGAUCCGAUUUCAGUCUUUUAUAAUCACAUCCCCUUUUCUUCACACCUCCAAACACAUUGUUUUUAUAGAAAGAAUAAUACUUUCACAUUGUUAAAGACAUACGUCAUUAACUUGGAGUAUGUGAGAUUCAAUUUGUUGGUGUAAAUCAUUUCAUAUGCUACCCAGUGAAGUGAUAUGAGCCAUCCAAAACAAUAUAGUACCACAAAUGAUCUUAGCUCUCAUUUUUACAACAUAACCCUUGCUUUGCCAUGUUAGUAUUAAAUGAGUGAAUCAGGUGCAAUAGAGCACAAUAAGUUCUGUAAUGCAUAGGACGAUUCACAUGACUGACACUUGUAAUCAGUAAAUGAUGUAAAUUGUCUGAUGCUGCAGACAUACAUAAUACCUGUACUUCAAAGGAUUCCGACUCAAAAUUAAUCAUGUGGGGUCCACAUACUGUUGGUGUAGUAAGGUACAUAUAUCCAAAACAUGCCCUGAUAUAAGAGAGCCUUGCUGCUACCGAGAACCGUCUGCAUUGAAGGAAAAAUAUAAAUCCAUUUGUCCGUCACAAAGUUAAUUGUCAACAAUAAGACAAGUAAAUUUCUUUGAUGGAGUACGAGGAACAUAUUCGGCUCCAGAGAUCCAAAAUUAUCCAAUAUUGGAAUGCCACUUAGUACCUUAUUCACAGCAACAAACAAUAUAUAUAUAUAUAAUACACACACAGCCACACAUACAUGAAUAUACAGAGAGAGAUGUUGUCGAUGGUGAACUUGGAAGUUACAGGACAGACGUGUCUUCAUUGUUGGACAUUCGCUGUUGAAAAGCUCAUAUCUUCUGGACAAACGGCAUCGACAUCGUCUUCACCAAUGUCUCUACUUUGUAAACAUCAAUUCUUUAAAUUUAAGAAUGUUUGUCACCCUAUAUGCCCUUGUUCUCGUCAUCAUCAACAUUCAUGCACUUCGAGGCACAACUAUACAGAACAUCGAAUACCUUCUUACCCAUGUCUUCAAACUGCCCACCAAGUGUUUGAUUCAAUUUAGAGUCAGACUAUGUGCUGAUAUUCGAAUUUUGAUUCGAUUUAUACUUUUUCCGAAGAUUGAUCAUUGUUGGGAGAGAUGGAGAAUUCAUUGAGAAAUAGCAGAACAUCUCGGCCUCAAUCCUUGUUGUCGGCCUUGAAGCAGAGGCGGAGUGGGUAUGAACCAUCUGAUACGGAGACUGAAUGGAAUGAGAUCGAAACUCCAUGGCACAACCCGAAUAAAAGGAAUGGAGAUUUGGGUUUUGAAGGGCUGAAGAUGUCUUUGGAUGGAGACAGAAAUGUCAGCCCUUUGAAGUCCACAAAUAUGGCUUUGGAUGGAGACAGAAAUGUCAGUCCUUUGAAACCCAGCUGGAGGCCUGCCAAGUUUGAACGUGAAGUUCGUUCUCCUACUGAGGCUGCAGCGACCCGCCUGGCUCGAAGGAGCCACAGUAAGUCCCCAUACAAGCCAACUAGAGAUGAUGGUAAUGUCCAUUCACCUAUACCCAUUAGAAAUGUUAGUCCCUUUUCGUCCAAACCAGGGUCUGAUCGUAAAAAUAUCAGUCCCUUUUCAAAAUCUGAGCGUCGGAGACCACAUGUGUCUCCACAUAAACCAGUGAGAGAGAAUCAUGUUUUGGAUGACAAAGAGAUUUUGGGUUCGAAUAGAAAGCAAAACCACAGACAACCUAAUAAACCUCUUGGUACUGAGGAAAAGGAAGGUCAUUCCCAGCCUAAUGAGAUUAGUAAAGUGAGUGAGAAAUUGAACUAUAGCCAUAGAUCAUUAUCGGCUUCUAGACCGAAAGCAAGGGAAAAGGACCAGCAGAUGAAAAAAGGGGAUAGGGCACCCUCCCCAUUGGCUAGGGGUGUGUCUCUGAAAGAGAGGGAAACUUCUCAUACAAAUGCUCCUUCAGUCGGUGAAAUCAACGAAAUGGUUGCUAACGCAAAGGUUGCUAGAUUUCCAGUCACUGAUCCUCCAACUUUUGAAAGCACAGACUCCAUUUCACCAGGUGAUAUUUUCUUUUCUCGAACCUAUGCACCCUUGACCAUGCAGAAGAUUAUCUUUCCAAAAGAUGGAGGUGGAGAAAACAGAUUUAGCUCAAAGCCUAAAAUGUUCACCGAAAGAGAUUCUGCUCCGCCUCAAGGAAGCAAAGCAAGUGGCAGUUUUGAUCAUAAUGCCCAAGGGAUUUCUUCUAGCACUAUUCUAACACAAACAACUACAGCCUCCAGCUUUGCUGUAAGCAGGCAGAGUAUUGGUAGUAAGAUGAGUGACGCUAGUGACAGGACGACUGGAAGCUCGAGAAAAUUCACAGUCAACAGACAGAAGAGCCAAAAAGAAGCAUGGUUUUCUUGCAUCAGGAAGGGUUCUUGCAGGACCUCAAAAUCCCCUGAAAAGAAUAGAGAUAUCGAUGAAUCCUCAUUUAUUGAGAAGGCAUUUGUGGUUGAAAACUUGAGACAAUUCUGGGCUGACAAGUAUCGACCUGGUUCAUUGAAUGGAUUCACCUGCCACAAACCAGAAGCUCAACUACUCAAGCAACUUGUGGCCAGUGAAGUCUGCCCACACAUUCUCCUCAAGGGACCUCCUGGUUCUGGUAAAAAAGCACUGUCAAUGGCUUUUCUAUGUGAGAUCUUUGGAACUUCUGCUCGUAAUAUAUCGCAUGACCUAAGAUACUUCCAUAUUCAGGAAACAAGACCGAUGCAAGUAGCUGUUCCAGUAGCCUUUAGUGCUCACCACGUUGAGCUGAAUGUAUACUUGGAACCUAAUGCUAGAUAUGCAAUAAUGGGUUUAGUCAGAGAAAUAAACAGCAACUAUGCAGUUACCCCUGAAAUCAGCAAUGCUAAUUUCAAGGCAGAUUACAAAGUAAUGGUUCUUUAUGAGGUUGACAAAGCUGCAGAGAACAUUCAGCACUUGAUAAAAUGGAUCAUGGACUGUUACAAAGAUUCUUGUAAAUUGAUACUCUGCUGUGAAGAUGAUGUAGACAUCCUUGAACCGGUGAAAAACCGCUGCAAAGUUAUUAACGUUGAUCCCCCCGUAACUCAUGAAGUCAUGGAGGUUCUUAUUCAGAUAGCAAGGAAGGAAAACUUUGACAUAUCCAUGAGCUUUGCUGAUAGGAUUGCUUCCAAGUCAAAGCAAAAUCUAAGGAAAGCAAUUAUGGCUCUUGAAGCAUGCAAAGCACACAACUAUCCUUUUGUCGAAGACCAACCAAUUCCACUUGGAUGGGACGAUGUUGUGGAUGAACUUGCUGCUGACAUCCUAGCUAAUCCAUUACCUAAGAGAUUAUUUCUUAUACGUGGAAAGAUCCAAAAACUUCUUCUGGAUUUUGUUCAACCCAAACUGAUUCUCCAGAAGCUCGUUGAACAGUUUCUCAAGGGAGUUGAGGGCAGUUUGAAGAGAGAACUAUAUUAUUGGCAUGCUUAUUAUGAAAAGAGACUCCCAACAGGAACAAGUGCUUUAUUAAAAUUAGAAGAAUUUGUGGCCAAGUUUAUGAGCAUAUACAGGAAGAGUUCUUCCAACAAUCGCCAGUGCUCAUAGUUUUCACAGGGCGAACGCGGGAUUUACACCCUAUUGCCAUGCAUCUCCAAGAUUUCUGUUGAUAUAGUGUGGCUGCAGCUGUUGGUGUUAAAAAACAAAUCAGCAGGAUGGUAUGAUAUCUUUAGAGCCAUCUAGUGGGUUAAAGCAAUUUAGAUCUCUCUCUCUCUAAGAUUUUGUGCAUGUGUACCCAGAAUAUACACAUUACUAUUCAUGGAUGAUGAUGAUCAUGUUGAUGUUUGAUUGCUGAUAUAUGUCCAACUUUGGAUUUUAAGCUUGAAAAGAUCUCUCCCUCCAGAGGGUAUAUUUAUCUAUUAUAUCCAUUUUCAGUGGGUCAGAUUCAGCAGGAGUCUGAUUAUGAAUACCCAAGUUCCAAUUUA